AUGGCCAUCUACUCCAGCGUCGCUCCCCCCGAGCAACAGGCAGCUCCAGUGGCCCUUGAUGUCGCAAGUUGGACCGCAACCUCCGCCCUGCAGGCCCUCAGCAUCUCCCCUUCCGCCCGCGGCACCGGCGUCUCCCUCUCCAUUCCUCUCGAGGAUGAAGUCGAGACGCGCCCCCAGAGCAAUGGAGGCGAGAAGAAGAAGAAGGAGCGCCGGGAUAGCAUGAAGAGGCGAGAGGCCUUAUUGAAGGGCAAGGAGGGCAGUCGACGACGCCAGAGGUGGGAGAAUGACCGCCUCCUCCACGUCCCCAAUGCCCAGCCACCCCUCCCCUCGGACUGGGCCCCCCACGCUACCCACCGCGUAAACCACAUCCCCUACUACCUCGCGCCCCUCUGGGACGCGGGAAUCCGCCACCGCGCCGAGGAGAAGUCGCUGCAGAAAGCUGCCGCGCCCGCUCAGCGCGCCGGUAUCGUCGAGGAGAAGGGCCGUGUGCCAUCGGAUUUGAAGACGAAGCUCAAGAAGAGCAAGGGCGCAAAGACCCUCCUCCAGGAGCUAGAGCUGGAGGUCCGCACUUUCGUCAAGGAGUUCGAGCUCCAGCAGCGUCGGCAGGCUGCUCAAAAGGGUGCCAAGGGCGGAGAGGAGAUGGACAGCGAGGAUGAGGAGAUUGUGUUCAUUGGCAGGGACAAGGAUGGCAAGGGGAUCACGAUGAGUGACGAGGUCAAGGAUGUCAUGGAGGAGGAGCUGCAGCGGAAGAAGAUUGUGUAUGAGAGCCUGGCGGGUAGUCCCGAUGGCGGAUUCGCGCGAUGGUUGGUGCAUAGUCUGGCGGGCUAUUACGGGCUCAGCAGCUGGAGUGAGACGAGGGGUGGGAGUCCGGCGAUGCGAGGCGUGUUUGUCGGCAUGCGGAGUGGGAAUGCUGUUGAUGGUGCUCUGGCUGAUCUCCCGAGACCACUUUGGGGGAUGGUCUGA